GUUCCGUGUUGAUCUCUGCAUUCAUCACAGAAUAGCGAUGGGUCCUAGGCUUCAGAGAUGUCUUUUCUAUACUAUAUUGUUAUAUACAGUGGCAGCCGAUAUGAGCUAUUUCUAUGACAGUAGCGAUAUUCCAGUCUCUUCUUACUCAUACGGCGACGUUGGCAGUGGUGAUGGAAAUUAUAUUUUAGAUUUUAAGAAUAUAAAAUACACCAUCUAUUUGGAUGAAGUCACGUGGUCGGAUGCAAAACUUAUAUGCAAAGCCGAGAAUUCAAUUCUCGCGAGAAUUCCUGACCAAGCCACGCAAGAUGCGAUAACACAGUUUAUUGAUGACGAAGUAUCUACAAACACAGGUAACUUUUGGAUCGACGCACGGGACAAAGCUGAAGAUGGGGUCUGGGUAAAUUCAGAUGGGGAUGUAUUGACAUUCACAGCAUGGGCGCCGUAUGAACCAAACAAUGCUGGUUUUGUUUCGAAGAACAAGGAGGCGUGUGCUCAUAUGUGGUGGGAGCAUGAUUACCUUUGGAAUGACCUUACAUGUGAGAGUGAUAUAUAUUUUAUCUGUCAAUCAGGUCAAACGUCAGAAUGUCAUAUCUCUGGUGAUGGGACAGAUUAUACUGGUAGUGUUUCGCAUACAGAGUCAGGAUUGGAGUGCCAAAGCUGGGCGGUGCAGUAUCCACACGAACACACCCAAUUCCAGCCAUAUCCAUUACUCGGAGAUCACAAUUACUGCCGUAACCCUGGAAGCAGUGGACAUAAAGCGUGGUGUUAUACAACCGACCGAGAAACGAGAUGGGAAUAUUGCAAUGUAGGAGCCCCGACACGGAAUUGUGGCAAUGAUGAUAUUGAAUGUUUUGAAGAAUAUGAUGAAAGUGAUUAUGCAGGCCACGUUAGUACCACGCCAUCUGGCAAGACCUGCCAGAAUUGGGCCAUACAAUAUCCACACACACAUGGAUACCGUGGAGAUGUUGACAUCGGUGAACAUAACUACUGCCGCAACCCCAGUGAUGUCGCCAAUCGUCCUUGGUGUUACACGGUAGAUCCCGGUAUACGAUGGGAGUAUUGCGAUGUCUGUGGUACUGGGCGAUUUACUUCCCAUCAAAAUAUUGCACUAAACAAGAAGGCUUCGCAGAGUAGUUUAUACCAUGAACACGGGAUUGCAUCUCACGCAAUUGAUGGAUUCAAGUUUACACACUAUGAGGAUUUUUCCUGCACUCAUACGAAUGAAGAAACUGAUCCUUGGUGGAAAGUAGAUCUGGAAUACGACUACAUUGUCGAUGAAGUGGUGAUCACAAACAGAAAAGAUUGUUGUUCGGAACGUUUGAAAGGUGCAGUGGUGCGCGUGGGUUCUUACGAAAUAUUGUCGGACAACACGCAAUGUGGGCGCACUUUGAAGAAGACAGAUAAGGGCACUAUUCCAUUUGUCUGCGAGAAAGGCACGCUCGGACGAUACGUCAGUGUUCAGUUGGAAGGAAUGACUAACUAUCUGACACUUUGUGAGGUCGAGGUCUACGGAAAUAGAGCCCAGCUAUACCGCUUAGACCACCGUUGUGGACCAAAGUACCAAACAAUUAGCGGUAAACCCGGGGAAUGCGACCCACAUAGUCUUUACCCUUGCUGCUCGCCAUGGGGAUGGUGUGGUAUGACAUCUGAUCACUGUGAUUGUCUGUCUUGUAUUGACUUUAGAGAGGUGUAUGGCACAUACGACGUUCACCCAUGGCGAGAUGAUUUAUUGUGCGGUCCAGGAUAUUCCGCAGCAAAUGGUAUUGAGCCUGCCGAAUGCGAUCCAAACAGUAUUUAUCCUUGUUGCUCUAAUGCUAACUGGUGUGGCAUUAGUGAUGAUCACUGCGAAUGUUAUGGCUGCGUUGACUACAGAGAAGUCUAUGAAGUAACCAAUUCAAUCGUUGAUGCCUGUACUGGUCCACCAAAAGUCUUAAUUAUUCCCAUCGGCGGCGAAUUGGUUUUAUCUUCUCCUAACUAUCCCAUUGUUUACCCAUCUUAUGCUGACUGUCAGUGGGUGGUGUCAGCAGAAGACCCAACACGUGCAAUAGAGGUAACAAUUGUGGAUGCUGAUGUAGCUGAGUGUUGUGAUUACGCAGAGAUAGGCAAUGGUCAGGCUAUAGGUGAUGAAUUAAUUGCGACUGUAACCAAAGACAGCAUGGGUAUGGUUUAUAGUGGUGAAUCUAAAUUAUGGGUUCAUCUCCAAACAAGUGGCACUGGUGGACGUGGUGCUGGUUUUCAACUUGUAUUCACCGAUGCAGGCGGGUCACCCCAAGCAUGGAGAGAUGACUAUCAAUGCGGAAACUUGUUUUCUGCACCAAAUGGAGCAACACCAGCAGAAUGUGACCCUCAUGGCAUGUACCCAUGCUGUUCUCCACAUGAUUGGUGCGGGAUUAGUGCUGACCAUUGCGAGUGCAGCGGUUGUAUUGACUAUAGGGAUGUAUAUGAAGUAUCCAAUUCAAUUGUAAAUGCCUGUACAGAGACCGAAUUCAUCACUAUGCCAAGUGAUGGAGUAAUGGUUUUUACUUCUCCAAACUAUCCAGAAAGUUACCCAUCUUAUGCUGAUUGCAGAUGGGUAAUUACAUCCAGGAACUCAAACGACAUUAUUGAGGUUUCAGUUGAUGAUGUGGAUAUAUUGGAAAAUUGUGUGCAUGCGGAUAUUGGCAAGGGUAUAUUUAUUGAAAAAGAACAGAUACUGUCGUUGACAGCUGACACUGUGGGCACAACUGUUGAUUCAGAGUCGGAUGAAAUUUGGAUUCAUUUAAGGAGUGGUGCAUGUCAGCAGCAGGGUACUGGAUUCAAGUUAACAGUGAAAUUACGUUCCAACGCUGGAACCUGCCCACAAGGAGAAGUGAUGACAAUUCCAACUGGUGGAGACAUUUAUAUUUCUUCUUUAAAUUAUCCAUCUGAAUAUCCUCCCAAUUCUAACUGUGUUUGGAUUGUGGAUGUAGAACCAGGACAAGGUGUUCAAAUAACUGUACAAGAUUUUGAACUAGAACCUCAUUUUGACUCGGUUACAAUCACAAUUCAAGACCAGGGCAUAGCAUUGGAUGAUUCCUCUGUGAAUUUUACCGCAAUAUAUAAACCUCCGGUGUCCAUAGAAUUUCAGAGUGAUUCCAGUGCUCAAUUCCGCGGUUUCCUGAUAAAGGCAGCUGCUGCCCGUCUAACUAACGCUGGAACCUGCCCACAAGGAGAAGUAAUGACAAUUCCAACUGGUGGAGACAUUUAUAUUUCCUCUUUAAAUUAUCCAUCUGAAUAUCCUCCCAAUUCUAACUGUGUUUGGAUUGUGGAUGUAGAACCAGGACAAGGUGUUCAAAUAACUGUACAAGAUUUUGAACUAGAACCUGAUUUUGACUCGGUUACAAUUACAAGUCAAGACCAGGACAUAGCAUUGGAUGAUUCCUCUGUGAAUUUUACCGCAAUAUAUAAACCUCCGGUGUCCAUAGAAUUCAAAAGCGACUCCAGUGUUCAAUAUCGUGGUUUUCUGAUAAAGGCAGCUGCUGCCCGUCUCAGUGGGUCACCCCAAGCAUGGAGAGAUGACUAUCAAUGCGGAAACUUGUUUUCUGCACCAAAUGGAGCAACACCAGCAGAAUGUGAUCCUCAUAGCAUGUACCCAUGCUGUUCUCCACAUGAUUGGUGCGGGAUUAGUGCUGACCAUUGCGAGUGCAGCGGUUGUAUUGACUACAGGGAUGUAUAUGAAGUAUCUGAUUCAAUUGUAAAUGCUUGUACAGAGACCGAAUUCAUCACUAUGCCAAGUGAUGGAGUAAUGGUUUUUACUUCACCAAACUAUCCAGAAAGUUACCCAUCUUAUGCUGACUGCAAAUGGGUAAUUACAUCCGGGAACUCAAACGACAAAAUUGAGGUUUCAGUUGAUGAUGUGGAUAUAUUGGAAAAUUGUGUGCACAUGGAUAUUGGCAAUGGUGCGUAUAUUGAUCAAGAACAGAUAUUGUCAUUGACAGCUGACAAUGUGGGCACAACUGUUGAUUCAGAGUCGGAUGAAAUUUGGAUUCAUUUAAGGAGUGGUGCAUGUCAGCAGCAGGGUACUGGAUUCAAGUUAACAAUGAAAUUGCGUUCCAGCGUUGAAACCUGUCCUUUCGCAGAUGUAAUGACAAUUACAACUGGCGAAGAAAUUUCUAUUUCCUCUUCAAAUUAUCCAUCUGAAUAUCCUCCCAAUUCUGACUGUUUGUGGGUUUUGGAAGUAGAAGAAGGACAAGGUGUCCAGAUAACUGUACAAGAUAUAGACCUAGAACCUGGUUUUGACCUGGUUAAAAUAAAAAAUGAAGAAUAUGUGAAGUUGUUGGAUGAUUUCGCCUUGAACUUUACCGCAAUAUAUAAACCUCCAGUGUCCAUAGAAUUCAAGAGCGACUCCAGUGUUCAAUAUCGUGGUUUUCUGAUAAAGGCAGCUGCGGCCAGUCUCAAGACUACUGAUAGUCGUGGUGACGAUUAUCCAUAAGUUUCCACUAUAAUUAUCUUAGUAUACGCAAACGUUUUCGAGGAAAGAACAUCCCUGAAAUAUUACAUAUCCUGCGUUUUGAAAUGCAGCUGAAAUUGCCUAAUACACAGGCACAGACGUACACACUUCUACGGGGACUACUUGUGGCUAUCUACUUUUUAUAACUUUUUUGCUGACUAGUGACAUGUUAUAAAAUAAAUAUUAAAUUUAUGGUAACUAUUGCAUAUUAAUGUAUUUCAAAUGCAAGGAAUAAAUAUCAUUGAUUGACUACUGACGUAUUAUA